AUGCUGGCCAAGUCCCACCAAGAUCAACUUGGAGUUUUGGAGCAAAUCAAGCAGGUGUUUGCCAUUCUAGUUGGCCAAUGCUCAACGCAAACGUACGAAGCCCAGGACGACGGGCCGGAGUACGAUGAUAGGAGGCGACCGGACUCUGAACAGGAGCAGGGAAUGAUGUGCGAUUUGAUAAAAGCUAAUACCAAUCUGCAUUCUCGAAUGCUGCAGCUGCAGCGGGAGAAUGAGCACUUAAAGAUGCAGUUGGAGAAGGAGCGCUCGCUCAAGCGUGAGCAUGAGACUUUAACAACGAGCGAAGGUGAGAUCGACAGGUCACACAGAUGGACUAGUCUGCGUUCUGGCUCAGUUCUGGAGGCAGAGCGACGAGACGAGACCCUGGGACCGCGGACGGCGACACCGUUGGAGCGGAGCGAGCCGACGCUCUGGCUCGAGGCCAAGCCAGGGGGAACAGAAGACAUGCUCGGGGUAUUUGAUGGCCGCAUGUCGCCAGAGUGUAGCACAGAUUCAGAUCCCAGCGAAGACGCACUGCCAGGGUCGCAGUCCCCUCAACUCGAAACAGUCGCAGCUGAGGCGCCGAGCGACCUUGAAAGCAGCGACGAGACGAUAGACUGGAAGCAAAAGGCAGAGAAGGAGCAGCAAAUGACGCAGGACUUGCGGCAACAGGUCAAAGAAGCAGAGAAGAGGCUGACGCAACAACAGCUUACGGUGGAAGAGCUGCGACAAGACUUGGAAGAUGUCAGGGCUCAAGAAGAGCGGCUUCACCGACCACAAUGUCAACGCGAAUCUAUGAUGCUGCUGUUCCAGCCAAUGGACCUGUCCCGAGAGCUCGGAAACCUGGCGGCCAGCCCGGAACACAUGCCCGCCAGCCCAGUCUCUGGCUUUGGUGGGUUUAACGGGCCUCGACAUGAGGCUGGCUUUGAGCAGGCUCACGGUUUGCUAAAGGAGCAGUGCUUGGCAUGGAGGGACAUUGCCCUCUUCCUCGCUUUUAUCCUUGUCCAGACAUGGACGGCCCCAGCCAGGAUCGUGUACAAGAACCGACGCUCGUUACGGUCGCUACCACUGCUAAAGAGCAUCGACUGGGAAAAGUGGCAGCCAGCAGCUCGGCCGGAGAAGGCGUUUCGGACCAGGGGCCUGCUGCGCGCGGUGAGGCACGUGGCCAUUCUCCUCUCGGUGCACGCAUACCUCUCGUGCCGGUGGGAAAGGGACAUUUGGAUCGAGGCCAACGGGCAGACGCGGCGGCAUCUGAUCAAGCAGCUGCAUGGGGAUGUGCAGUGGUGGCCGGUGCCGGGGGUGGAUCCGGGGGUGGCGUGGGACAAGGGGUGCGAGGCGUGGGCCCUGGUGCUGGUGCAGACGACGGAUAUUUGGGCGUCGUGGGCUCUGGAGCGAUGGCCGUGGUGGAAGUAG